AUGGGAGACUCGUGGCGGGGAGAUGCAUAUCGCACGCGCGGGUACAAUGACAACAGCUACGAACACGACCGCGGUCCGCCACCAAGCCGAUAUGAUCGCGAUCGCGACCCGCCGCAGCAUGAGCCUCGAGACUACGGUAGCUACCACUUCCGCGGUGCAGCGCAGCCCGACAACUACCGCACACAUGCCGACAGUUAUCGCCCGCAAGACCAGCGACCGCCGGACUUCAGCUUCCGGGCAGCAGGCCCACCAGCCCCGCACUUUCCGCCUGCUGCACCUGGCCAAUACAAUCAACAGGCCACCCAGCGGAGAGACCGCCGCGGCAAUGACUAUCGUGGAGGUGGUAGAGGAGGGUCGCGCGGACGGGGCCGUGGAGGUCGCAACAGAGCAGCCCAUGCGCGUGACCUCAUGGCAAAGUCCAAUCGCGCUGCCACGCCGGAGCAGAUGGAGGGUAUGAAGGACGACGGCAAGGCGUACUUUGUUGACAAUGUCUCCUCGGACGAGGAAGAGGAUGCUGCCAGCACUGGCGGAGACAACGACGAACCGCCAUCCACCAAGCGCAACAAGACCACCACCGCACGUGCCGAUGCUUCGUCCGCACCGAAAUGGAGCAAUCCGGACCCGUACACGGUUCUGCCGCCCACCGAUAUGUCCAUGGCACCCAAGAAGGACAUUGUCCAGACUAUCCGCAAGGCCAAAGUCGAAGCUGCAAAUAAAGCGAGCAGUGCCAAUGCGAUCAAGGAGAAUGUCGAUUUCAUCUCCUUUGACGACUUCAACGACGAAACCAUGGAUGAGCCAAAUGUCGAGGGGUCUGAAGACGGAGAGAUUGAAGACCACGGCGGUGUUGAUCUCGGUUUCGACAUCACGCCACGGUUUGAUCGCGAGCCUUCUGUUGGCGUCCCGCCGCCUCCCCCGGAGGUUCUGAUUCCCGAAGCCCGCGAAUUGACAAUGCCAUCCUAUGACUCCUCCCGCGAGCAGCGAAACGGCGGCCAAGUCGGCACCAUACUCAGCAACAAACGCAAACGUGGAAUCGAGCCGCUCACGUCUCAUGCAGGCGUAAUUGUCACAGAAUGGAUGUCAGAUGGAAGCAAUCCGACGCCGUGGCUUCGUGAAGAUGCAACGUUCACAUCGCACGUCGGCCUUCAUAGGUUGCACAAAGAGUUGGUCGACUUCCACGAGUUCGUGCGACCAUACUCCUUCGAAGCAGAGUGUCGUGAAGAUCUCAUCAAUCGGGUCCAGCGUGCCAUCCGAAGUUGGAGGGGGGCCAGUGAUGUCGAAGUCCGCAGUUUUGGCUCGUUUGCAUCGGGAUUGUAUCUCCCAACUGCAGAUAUGGAUCUCGUUGCGGUGUCACCGUCUUACCUGCGCUCUGGGCACAAGUCAUUUUGCCAGAGAAAGAACGAGAUGUGGAACCUAUCACAUCAUUUGAGCAGGACUGCCAAGAAGAACUCAAUGGUUGUGAUUGCGAAAGCAAAGGUCCCGAUUCUCAAAUUUGUUGACGAAGACACCGACCUCAAGGUCGAUAUCUCCUUUGAGAAUGACUCCGGGCUACGUGCCAUCGAUACCUUCCUCGAUUGGAAGCGUGACUAUCCCGAAGCUCCUCAGCUCGUGGUCAUUGUAAAGCAGCUACUCGCCAUGCGCGGGCUGAACGAGGUUCACAGUGGCGGUAUAGGCGGUUUCACAAUCAUCUGCCUUGUGGUCAGCAUGUUCCAGCUCAUGCCACAGGAGCAGAGUCGUAGUGGCAACCAACAGGGAAGACUGGGCGAGCUCUUGCUCAACUUUCUCGACCUCUAUGGCAACAAAUUCAACAGACAUACGACUGGAAUCUUAAUGGAUCCUCCUGGCUACUUCAACAAGCAGACGGAUUACUGUCCUGCCAGAAUCAACCCUACCGGCCUGACUAUCAUCGAUCCGAAUCGCGCCGACAACGACAUUUCUGGUGGAUCGAAACAGGUCGAAAGCGUGUUCAAGUGCUUUCGCGGUGCCCUCACGCUCAUUCAACAUCGACUUGAUGCGAUUAGCAAGGGUGAGAGCGACGACCGAAGCAUUCUAGGAUGCGUUUUGGGUGGGAAUUAUUCCAGCUUCAUCAAGCAGCGUGAAAUCUUGCGCAGAUGUGCGGCACGCCGCCAGUCUCAACCUGAUGCAUCAUUCCGCCCUGCACAGCCAGCACACCCACUGCCGCCGCCACCACCAGCUCGGCAACCUCCGCGAGCACCUCCACGAGCACCUCAGCAUACUCUGCCUCCACGACCUACUUCUCAGCAGGAUUACAACUACUCGCAGAGAUCCGCCUAUGCGCCGCAGCCGGCUGACUACAUGCAGCGUCCGCAAGAUUACCACCAGCGUCCAGCGUACAACAACUACCCGCCGCCGCCGCCGCCGCCUUCGAUAGGCAACGUCUCGCAAUCCAACAUUCUAACGCACUCGAGGCGUGGCACUCAGAACGGUGAUGGCGGCUCGCGCAAUCCUACCGAGUCCCAGGCAGGUCAGGCAACAGGUGCAUCUACAAGACCUGCGGAGCCGAAGAAGCGAAAAGGCCGGACCAAGGCCAAGAAAAACCUCACAGGUCUGCAAGGCGAUCCCAUCGACCUCACCUGA